AUGCCGCCAACUUCCAGCUGUCUCAACGAGGAUUACCUCGAAGGGUACCUGUACUGUCUGCACAGUCAAGGAGUCGUCGUGACAGACGCCCAUGCUCAACUCCUCGCCUUCACCCGUACCGAAAUUUUCGAUUUGCUCAAAGUGCUCACACUAUUUCGAUCCAUCCAGAAGGGACGGUAUAAGAUGAGACACGUCGAGAAGUUGGUACUGGCUGAGGGCCCGACGGUGUCUGAAAAUGCGUUGAUGGAAACAAUCGCCCUGCAGACGGUGGACGAUUUUACGAGUUAUGAGAAGAUCUAUGAGGAUGUGGCGACUUGUUUCAAUUGGCAGCACAUUUUUGAUCGACAAGAUGUCGAUGGACACUUGUCGAGAGCGGAGAAUAGGGAGUAUCAGUUGGAGGAGGUGGAGAGAGACUACAACCCUCAGGCUCUCCGCGGCUUCCUUAUUUGCCUAAAAUCACAAGAUAUCUCUGCCAAAGAAGCGUUCGAUCAGUUGAAUAAAGCGGCGCCGGAGCAACAGAUUUUCGAGUUGAAAGAUAUCAAAAAACUAUUCGAACGAGUGGAUCGAGGAGAGUUUUUUGAGAGAAAAUGGCCCCGGGGGACAUGGUUGGACAAGCUGCCCGAUGUGGUCAACUCGCGAAUUGUGCAAAAGUUGGAUUUGAUGUCUAGACGCGCUUUAAAACAAACGUGCAAACGAUUCAACGAAUUUGUGGAUCGAGAGAAAUGUGUGAUCGACAGUCUCGUCAUCACCCAAACCCAAGAUUCCGUUGAAAUUUCCACCUAUCCGAGAGAUAUUUUCUACAAAAAAUUUGUGCAAACCGAAAAAGGAUACGCGUACGAGGAUACGGAGCGAAUGGUGUACAAUGAUGGGAGAAUUGUGUUGAAGGAGAAGGUGAAGGGCAAUUUGAAAUGUAUAUUUGGGAUACCCAACCUUCGUAUCAAUAAUUUAUACAUUUUGGAUCCGCGAUACUGUAAUUUUGAUGUCUACCGUAACCUGGCUGUGGAGAAUUUAUACCUUCGGAAAGUGAACUUGGUUAGAAUCCAUUCGAUUCUAGAGGCACUCACCCCGGGAGUCCUUAAGAAGGUUGUGUACCUCCCUGCGGACUACUUGCUCACAGAAACCGUCUAUGAUAUGGAUCAGUGGCGACUGGCGGACAGUUUUGUGACGUAUCGGACGAGGAAGGAGGGCGUGGUCGAGCGAUUGGGACACUUUUGUUUUGGCAAGAUUGAGAUGACCAAUGCCAUCGAUUUACACACGGUUUUAAAGUUGAGACAGCGAUUCCUGCAAAACCCUCACUUCCGUGAGUUCAAAAUCACAAUUCCCCCACUGGGUGGUCAAAAAUUCGCCGUCUUCAACAUGAAUCUCGGCGUCUACGACACACGACGCACCGAUCCAUGGGCUCACUUCCACUAUCCGGCUCCCAAUCAACACAAGCGGGUCUCCAUUCGAAUUUUUGACGAAUUGAUAUGGUUUAAGGGACCGGAAUACAUCGAAGGAGAGAGUGACCGGGUGGAAAAGGUGCCGAAAGUUCAGAGAGUCUAUUCGAUGAAUGGAUUGGAGUACCGGGACCGGGCACAGUAUCUAGCGAACAAAUUGUGUCAUCACACAGCUCAUGUCGAGUAUGAGGGGUAUAUCGGUUUCCGGGAUGUGCACAGAUUGGUGGAGAUUCUUCUCGAAAACCCGAAAUUCAAGGAAAUGCGCAUCAACUGUCGCCUAACCCAAUACAACCUGGACCGUAUCUACAAACUAGGCAUUGCAAUGCCAUUUACAGUCGGUUGUGAAAUUAUGCCAUUCAAACAGUACCUCUACCCGCCGCCAAUCGAGAAAAAAAGCCUUUUGUUAUUUGUGAAAAAAGAUUUCAUUUGGUUUGUUGGACCGACCGGGUGUCUGGAGGCGGUUGGCGGUGCACAUGAUAUGGGUGGAUAUGUUUUGGCGGUUGGUUUCUUUAAAUUCGCUGAAAAUGAUAAAAAUUCUGAAAAAAAACCUUUGAAAAAAAAACGAAAAUCGGUCCAAAACUAG